GCCAUGCUGAGGAGCUGCGCCGCGCUCCUGCGCACACCUGGGGCCCGGCGCGGCUGGCCGGGAGCCCCGCGGAGGUCAUUUUCUUCUGAGAAAGUCGUUCAGAAGGACUGUGCUCUCCCUAACCCCAGCUGGAGCAAGGACCUAAGACUCCUCUUUGACCAGUUCAUGAAGAAAUGUGAAGAUGGCUCCUGGAAACGUUUGCCUUCAUACAAACAAAUUUUUUGUAAAAAUUUUCAAGAAUUCCAAACCCUUUAUCUCGACCCAAGUCUCGUAAAAGGAGAAGAACGUGCCCAGCUCUUCACAAGAAGCUUUGAGAAUGGCCUGGGCUUUGAAUAUGUGAUGUUCUAUAAUGAUGCUGAGAAAAGGGUACUUUGCUUUCUUCAAGUAGGUCCUCACCUGCAGGGAGCACCUGGAUUUGUUCAUGGAGGUGCCAUUGCAACCAUGAUGGACUCCACCACCGGUACGUGUGCAUGUAGAGCUGGGGGGAUUGCCAUGACUGCCAAUCUCAACAUCAAUUUUAAAAGACCUAUUCCCCUGUCUUCUGUUGUUGUGAUAGACAGCCAACUUGAUAGAGUCGAAGGAAGGAAACUGUUUGUUUCCUGUAACGUUCGAAGUGUUGAUGAGAAGACCUUACACUCUGAGGCAUCAGCCUUAUUUAUAAAGCUGGAUCCUGAUAAAAGUUUAAGGAAAAAGAGCUGAUGAUGGAUUCCACACCUUUCUGCACGAGGGCCUCCCUCCUCCAGAAGCCGUUGUCCCCACUCCUGCUCCGUCACCCGUGCUGAAUCCCCCACAAAGGAAGCCUGCUGACACUGACCUUUUGGAACAGCCUUCAAAGUGUGACUCCCAGAACUCUCCACCAUCUCAACUUUUGAACAAAGAACACUCCCUGUGAGGAUAUCAGCGAUUCUUUGCAUUCCUGAGGAUAAAUGUGGUUCUCCUAAAUCUGAACAGGCUCAUUAAAGUUGCACAAGCGUGACAUCUGCCUGCUGGAGACUGGGAGAAAAAAAUUGUAUUGAAACCAUGGCUAUAAACUUCAGAAUACUGCAACCAAAUGAAGGAGUAAAUGUGUGGGUUUGUGUGGGGUGUGCACAUGUGGAACUUGCAAAGCUAACUUUAUUGUAUCUGAACAAACAAACCUUUUUGGCCAGAGUAGGAAAUACAACCGUUCCUAUAGGAAUGGAUUCCCCAAAUCUGUGGUCUGGGGUUCUGGAGGUUAAACCACUGUACCAUUUUUAACAUAGGCUGUGCUGUUGGGUCAUCCCUGGAAGAAGCCUGUAUUAGUUCCCUGGGACAAUAACAAAAUGCUACAAACUGGACGGCUCAAAGGCCAAGAUUCAGGUAUUGAGAAGACAGUGCUCCUCUGAAGGGCUAGGGAAGCAGCUCCUUCCUGCCUCUCCUAACUUCUGCUAACCUUACAGUUAGUCCCCUGUGUCUUCACAUCCCAUUCCUCUGUGCAGAUCUGUGUCCAAAUUUCCCCUCUUUAUAAGGACUCCAGUCAUAUUGGUAAAGCCCACCUGAGUGACCUCAUUUUAAACUUUAUUACCUGGGUAAAGAUCCUAUUUUCAAAUAAGGUCACAUUAUAAAAUUCUGAAAAUUAGGACUUAAACAUUCCCUUCGUAGGAGGAGAGACAAUUCAACCCCUAAAAGAGCCUCAGACAAGACUAAAAAUGAACUGUGAGGUUAAGACUCUGGAAAACACAGUCUGCUUCCUGUUGCAGGCAGUAAGUUCUUUGGGCUUGUUUCUUGCCUUUGUUUCCACAUAUUGAAAGUUUAGGCUGAACCACAUGGAAUUACCAUUUUUAGACGUGGUCAGAUGGUCAAAUACUGACAGUUUCCUAUGGCUCAGUCUAGUAACUUAGGAAUAUCCUGGUGGUACCCUACUGGUCAUUCUUCCACAGCCAGAAGAUCACCUGGAGUCCUGGGAUGGCCACACCAGAGGAAGUCCACAGUCCUGGAAGCUGUCUCUAGUGCCCACCUGCAGCCCCCCAGCUGCAGCAAAAGCCUAGCAGAUGUGAGUGGGGCAGCUCAGAGGUGAAGCAGGAGCUCCUUCUCCCCGGAAAUUCCCAGAGAGCUUAAUGCUUAGAGGUGA